AUGAAAGUUACCAUAACCCCAGCGCUCGUUCUUGCGCUCUCAACCCUGGCCCUCACGGCCCCGGUUGAGAGGGAGGUGAGAAGCCUAGAGACUCGUGAUCUCAGUGUUGAUGCCCGCCAUCUGGGCAAGCUGCCGGUUGUCAAGCACAAAUUUGGCAUCGAGGGCGGUGUAAAGGGCGGCUUUGGAUUAGGGAAGAAGGGAAAGGAAGAUGAUAAGAAGGAUGAUAAAAAGGGGGGUAAAUGGGAUGAUGACAAGAAGGACGAUGAUGAUUGGGACGACGACCACUGGGACAAUGACGACUGGGAUGAUGACAAGAAAGACGACAAAAAGGACGAUGACAAGAAGGACGACGAUAAGAAAGACGAUAAUGGGAAUUCCGGCGGCUUUGGAUUCGGUGUUGGGUCGUCUAACGGGUUUGACUCAAAGAAUCCCAAGGGCAAGCCUGACUAUGACCCUCACCACGGGAAGGGUCCCGAGGGCAAGCCCGGCUACAUCGUCGACCAUAAACAUGACGACAAGAAGGAUGACAAGAACGGCGGUUUCCUUCGUGCGAGGGGGGAGCCCAAGAAGGACGAUGACAAGCACGGCGGCUACAAGCCGGACGACAAGAAGGACGAUCACGAUCACGGCUAUGGCUACGGCAAGGGGGAUGACAAGUACGACGACAAGUAUGAUGACAAGAAGGACGACAAGAAGGAUGACAAGGGCAAAGGCAAGGGAUUCGGCUUCGGCUUCGGCUUUGGAGCUGGCGUCCAUGGAGGGGGCAAAGGUGGUGGUAAGGGCUUUGGAUUUGGCCUCGGCCACGGGAAAGGCUAUGGACAUGGAAAGGGCGAGGAUGAGGGCAAGGGCAAGGGCGGCGGCUUUGGCUUCGGUCUUGGCCUAGGGCUCGGUGGAAAGGGCAGCCACGGUGGUCACGGCGGAUACGGAGGAGGUGAAGGCGGGAAUGGCGGAAACGGAGGCGGAUUCGGAGGAGGAGGAGGUGGUGGUGGUGGUGGCGGAUUCGGUGGUGGUUCAGGCGGAUUUGGCGGAGGUGAGGGCGGAUUCGGGGGCGGUUCAGGCGGCCAUGGCGGACAUGAGGGCGGACACGGCGGACACGGCGGACACGAGGGUGGCCACGGUGGAAAUGGAGGCGGAUUCGGAGGAGGAGGUGGUGGUGGUGGUGGCGGAUUCGGCGGGGGUGAGGGUGGAUUCGGUGGUCACGGCGGUGGUGAGGGUGGCCACGGCGGCGGCCAUGGAGGCGGCUUUGGGGGUGGUUUCGAAGGUGGCUUUGAAGGAAAGGGCGGAUACGAGGGCAAGGGAGGCUAUGGCAAGGGCGGAUAUUAG